AUGCUGCUGAGUGCUCGAAAAAUUAGCAAACACUGGUGUCCUUGUCGUCCAAAUCUUAGCCUCUCUCAUACUCCAAGCACCAAGCCUAACUCCCACAUUUCAUCUUCAUUGCAUUCUCUCUGUCAGGUCAAGGAAUUGGACAACCUCUUGCCGUGGUUGGAGAGCAAGGCCGGCGUUGAGAUAUCGAUGGUGCUUUCGAUUAGGAAAUCAGCAUACGGAAGGUCUCUGUUUGCUUCGAAUACCAUAAGAGCUGGAGAUUGCAUAUUGAAGGUUUCGUUCAAUGCGCAUCUAGCUCCGGAUAAUCUCAAUCCUGAACUGAAAGCUUUGCUAAGUGAUGAUGUUGGCGAUGUUGCCAAGCUCGCUAUUGUCGUUUUGCUUGAGUAA